AUGAAUUGGACCGAGGGAAAUUUAUCCCGCCAUUCUCGAGGGAGACAGCGUAAUGAACUACUUACCCGACAGAAGCAACACUUCGCAAAAGUCCGCAAUGGUCUACUCAGCAGCGGCGUAAAGCAGAGUCCGGUAUCGAUAUCCUUCCUCGGAACCCAAAAUUCACGAGGCUCAGGACGCCAUAACAGUUCCAGUAGCGUGGUGCACAAACCAUUGUCAAGUCCUCUCUUGGGCGAGAAGCGGAAGCGAGCUCCGAAUGUAUCAGACGACUCAGAGUACCAACUGUCUAUCUGUGAAAAGAGGAAGAGAUUACUUGAUCAAGAAGAUUGGGUUGGGUUGAAUUUACAGCAACCAAUAGACAUAACUUUCCCCGGGCAGCUUCAUCCAUAUGUCGGUUCAAGAUGGUCUAAAUCAGGUCGCACAAAGCCACCUACAGCACAGAGACGCCGCAACCCUCCAAGCAGUCCGCGAUUAGAGGUUGCUCGAGAAUCUCGGGAUCUCCCCGUCAAGAUUCAGAUUGGAAGUCAGGAGAUCAACCCAAGUACGAGCACAGUGUCAAGGAGAUAUAGCCUAGCACCACACCCCUUGGCAAGUUCGUCUCAAAUACGGUCGAAUCCAAUCUCAAGUCCACAACCCAGCCACGCUCGUCAUCGAUAUAUGGCACCAACAAGAAACAACAUGUCCCCACAGAUACCGAAGGAUAUUCUGUAUGGAACAACGGGAGAUCAUUGCAGCACUUAUUCUAGAGAACCUGUGAGGUCACCAGUGCUAGAAGAACCGACCUAUAUUGUGCACUCCUCAUCCAUCAUUCAUGAGCCGGUUCCUUGUCGAAAGCACAGUAAUUUCAUGGUACUGGAUUGGUCUCCUACUCCAUCUGAACCUGAGGAUUGGGGAAGUAUGCAAGUAGAAAUCGAGCGCCCAGCAAGGCCAGCUCCGUCGCAAGAAGCGGAUCAAGAAUUCUGGAAAGAUCUGGUUCCCAGUUCAUCAGACAAUCUACCAAUUGACAUUUCGGCUAAUAAUUACCAAGUUUUAGCGCUAUCAAGCACUCCAGAAACUAAUGUUUUACCAUCGAAUUUACAUUCAAGGCUACCGAGCUACGAUAUCUCAAGCGAGCCAGCAGCGAGCAUCAGUUACCAGUUCCCAGACUCUAGUACGAAUAGCAAUAGCGGAAGUCAAAUUGCCGCUUGUAGACAUGACGCCAUUAUGCUGCUUAAAAAUGAGCCAAGUCACCAGAAAACCAGUAUUCAGCCAGAAGAUGAUAAUAGUGCCUGGAUGAAAUUUGUCUUCGAUGAUGACAGCGAAGAGUUGGAAGCAAAAGCAUUCAUGGAAGCUGCGCAUCAAGCAGCAGCAGAAUUAGUCCCUUCCGACAGCUCCAGAUCCGUUAUGAAUUCUAUUGAAACCAGUACGGCUUGCGGAGUAGACUCGUUUGAUCAGGAUGAAGAGGAGAAUGAUAGCGCCUGUCUUCUAAGGUUGGGCGAGAAUGAUGUGGCAACGCAAGGUGUUUUGGAUUUGGAAGGGGGAUCUAGCAAUAUAGCUACAGCCGGCUCGACGACCGUAACCGAGUCGGAAUCACGAUUUCGCUUUGCGCAACCAAGAACUUUCGUCGGAAAACUUUCUGAUUCAAAUACAACGGCAACACAAAAUUCAACCCUUGUGUCGUGCCAUCGUGAGAAAAAGAGAGGCAGGCCUAAAAAGAAAGCUGCAGAUGGAAGAACCGACAUUCGACAGCUCCCAGACUUUGACGGGGACCCAAUAGAAGAGUUUGAGGACUAA